AUGAGAAAAUCUGGCAUUGAGCCAUUUAUACAAUUGUAUACAGCUCGAUUUAUUCCACUAUUUAUUCAUUUAACAUUAUUGAUAUUAGUAUUUGUAUUUCGGGAUUCUUUGAUAAAAACAUGUUCCACAACUUCACCACCAGAAAUUUGGUUGGAUGCAUGGACAGGCGUAUCAUUAGGUUUAGUUAUUAUUGAAAUGAUAUUAUCAUUAUCUGGAAUCUCCAUUUUUCGAAAAUAUUCAAUCUUUUUCUAUGUUAAGUUAAGUCAACAUCAUCUAUCUAUGCAUAACUCAUUCAUCGAACACUAUACAUCGAUUCCCACAUCGAAUUCAUACGGUAGUCUUAAUGACGACAUCCAUGCAACAUUGACAUCACCUGUUCAACAGGCCACAACAACGAAUUCAUUGAAUAUUAAUAACUUUUCCACAUCGAAAAUGUUUACUAACGAGAAUGUAUCGCAUCCUUAUUCAACGUUGAACAAUGAAACAAACUUCACAGAUGAUAAUGCUAUUGUUCUACCUCCACAACCCAAAAUACAAAAAUCUCUAUGUUGUCAGUUAAAUCAUCGUCAAUCUGAAACACUGUUUGCCUUUAUGUUAUUUUUACUUGGUUUGAGUUUAAUACUUUUUGUCAUUGUUUCAUACUGGAUUCCAAGCCUAAAAAUUUCAAGUGUUGUUCUUCUAAUAUGUGGUUUACUCUGUUUUAUCCCGGGUGUUUAUUAUUUAUGUGAAAAAUUCUGGUGUUUCAAAAAGUCAAGAAUGAACAAUGAUGAUCAAGAUAUCUUUGACAUGUAA